AUGUCCGCUGGGAUAUCCGAAACCGGAGAGAAUCAGAGCCAGCCUUUGGAGGAAGAGCAUCUGAGCUUAAAGCAUUUCUUUGAACAAGCCCACACUAUCGUAACAUCCGACGCCGGAGCCCCUCGCUGGCUCUCGCCUUUAGAAUGCGGUCAGCCCCUACACGGCUCCCCCCUGCUUCUCUUUUUACCCGGAAUUGAUGGCACCGGACUUGGUCUAAUAAUGCAUCAUCAGAGACUUGGGAAGAUUUUUGAAGUUUCGUGCUUGCAUAUUCCUCCCGAGGAUCGAACACCAUAUACAGAAUUAGUGAAACUUGUUGAGAGGAGGAUUCUAUCAGAGCAUCAUCGAUCACCUAAUAGACCAAUAUAUCUUGUUGGAGAAUCUCUUGGAGCAUGCCUUGGUCUAUCUGUGGCAUCCCUUAACCCAAACAUCGACCUUGUUCUAGUAUUAGCAAAUCCUGCAACAUCCUUCAGCAAGUCACCACUUCAAACCAUAUUACCUUUACUGCAGCUCAUGCCUGACUUAUUACCCAAUCUUGGCCUUCCUCAUAUAGUGAGCUCAAUCACAGGUGAAUUGAUUGCUGAUUUAGAGAAGCGAGUUGGAAGGCUCUCGCAGGAUCUUACCUCAUCACUAUCUUAUCUCUCUGUGCUUGCUGAUAUAUUACCUGUAGAAACACUUCUGUGGAAACUAAAAAUGAUCAAUACAGCUUCAUCACAUGCCAAUUUACGCCUCCAUGCUGUAAAAGCUCAAACCGUGAUCCUUUCCAGUGGAAGGGAUCGAUUGCUACCUAGUCAAGAGGAAGGUCUAAGACUCCGAAAGCUGCUAGAAAAUUGUGAAAUCCGUACAUUUGGAGACUGCAGCCAUUUCCUCUUCUUGGAAGAAGCUUUUGAUUUGGUAACUGUCCUCAAGAAGGUUGGUGCCUAUCGUCGUUCAAAAGAACGAGAUUUUGUUUUAGACUACACACUACCAUCACCUUCCGAAUUAAAAGAUGUAUGUGACAAUUACAGGUGGAUGAAAAUAAUGAUGAGCCCGGUGAUGCUCUCAACUUUAGAAGAUGGAAAGAUAGUGAAAGGCCUUGCCGGGUUUCCUUCAGAUGGUCCUGUAGUGUAUGUUGGUAAUCACAUGUUACUGGGAUUGGAUGUGUUUCCAAUGGUAGCACAGUUGGCAGAACAAAAAGGCAUCUAUAUGCGAGGGAUAGCACAUCCGGUGAUGUUUAUGAAAUGGAAUAAAGGGAAGUUACCAGAUUUACCAUUUUCCGAUGAUUUUGAACUUAUGGGUGCUGUUCCUGUCUCGGGAAAAAACUUUUUCAAGCUACUCUCUACAAAGUCUCAUAUCUUACUCUAUCCUGGUGGAAUACGUGAGGCUCUUCACAGGAAGGGGGAAGCAUAUAAGCUAUUUUGGCCGGAACAGUCAGAAUUUGUGAGAAUGGCAGCUAGAUUUGGAGCGAAAAUCGUGCCUUUUGGUACAGUUGGUGAAGAUGAUUUUGGUGAUGUGUUUUUCGAUUAUGACGACCAGAUUAAAAUUCCUUUCCUCAAGAAGUUUAUAAAUGAAAUAUCUGAUGAAGCUGGAAAACUGAGGACUACCGUUGAUGGGGAGAUAGGAAACCAAGAUGUACACUUGCCAGGAGUUCAACUAAAAUCUCCCGGCCGGUUGUAUUAUUAUUUUGGGAGACCAAUUGAGACAGAAGGGAGGAAGGAGGAAUUACGAGACAGGAAAACAGCUCAUGAAUUUUAUUCACAAGUGAAGUCAGAGGUUGUGAAAUGCAUUGCUUAUUUGCAGAAAAGAAGAGAGAGUGAUCCUUGCAGAAGCCUGGUGUCUCGGCUACUCUUCCAGGCCAGACAUGGCUUUACAUCUGAAGUUCCUACAUUUGAUCUUGAUUAA